GCACUGGGCACGGAGCUUGGACUCACAAGUGUCCUUUAUUUCACUUCAGGUUGUAGGAUGCCAUCUAAGAAGAACAAGGGGGGCCCUAAGGGGAAGGGUCCUUUGGAGAAGACGGGUCACAAGCGACCUUUGCGGCAGGAUGGCUCGUCGUCGGACGAAGAUGGGGUUUCUAUGGAAGAUUUGGAGGCCCUUCUUCAACGUGUUCACCAGAUCGAGCAAAAUGGGGGGAUUGGUUUGAGUAGGGUUGGUGUAGGCUCUACUCGCAGGGCAAGUAAGAAACAGUUGUUUAAGUCUCUUUUGUCUCGUGUUUCUAUUAUAGAGUCGACCUCAGCUGCGGGGGCAGGAAGGGCGGUUCGGCUUCCUGAACAUCCGGCUGUUCCAGGGGCUGCGGAGGGCCCUGCGGUUGUGUCGGCGAUGCAAACCGAUUCCAGCCCAGAAGUACGGCCGGCGGUGCAGGCUGCGGCUGGUUCUGCGGCGGCUGCUGUGGCCGGACCCAGUCAGCCCGCGGCAUUGGCCUCUGCGGCCAGUGCUGCGGCCGGGUCCACUCAGUCGGUGGGGUCGACCGUCGCUGCCGUUGAUGUAGCAGUGGGUGAGCAGUUGGUGACGGCUGUCCCAGCAGGGACUGCCAGGCUGGUGCAUAGAUGGAGAAUCCUUGUUGUGGGCAUAAUUAUGUCCACUGGGCGGAGAGAUACGCCGGGAACUCGUCCUUUGGCCAGCGUCUGGGUGCGCUUCCACUGCAUUGGUCGAGUGGAAGGGUGUUCGGGGCCUUCAUUGGGCCGGUGCUCCUUAUCGGAGGUAAUGAUCUGGGACUGCUUAGCGGCAGGGCCCUGUAUCUACAAACCCGUGCCGACAUUCUUGGGAUCUGGCAGGCAUGGCCCCGGGUUCAUAUCGCUUGGUCGGCCGUCAUUCCACGCCUUCGGUGGCCAGGAGGCGGUGACGUCAGGAAGCUCGAGAAGGCCAGACAGCGUGUGAACCGGGCCAUGCACACGGCUUUGGCACGGGGUAGGGGAUUGUUACAUACACCAUUGAGACAUUAUAUAGGACCAAACAGUUUUACCAUUAUGACGGUGUACACCUCACAGAUUUGGGUAACGCACAAUUUUGGCUGAUUUGCAGUUAGGCAUUCAGGAAGUUUUGAGGGGCUUGGUGGGGGAUGGGGGCGAAAUAGACAUUUGCCCCCAAUCCGUGGCAUAAAUAGUUCAGGAAAACACUGACAUGGAGGUAUACACAUGGCACCCAUUAAGGGUGGGGGGCACGGUACAACAAACACUCACCUAGAAGUCAACAAAUGGGUGAGGGGACAUCAAUUGGCCCAGUAAAGAGAGGAGCUGAUAUCAAGAAUCGAAUACAGGCUUCUCCAGAUUUUACCUUCAGGUUGCCCGGUUGGGGAUCCAGGGCACACAGACAUCACACAUUAAGUAGCUGGGGACGCUGCCUCAGCUUGCCACCAAGUUCCUUGACACUUAGUUUAGUUCAGGUAAAGUUAAAUAGGUAACAUUCAAUAAAAGUUGCCCAAUUUGAAUCCA